GCUGAUCUGUAUUCUUCUGCUGUGCUUUUAUUUAUGUGCAGGUUGGCUCUUUAUGUUUAUGAGUAUCUGCUGCAUGUAGGAGCACAGAAGUCCGCACAGACCUUUCUAUCAGAGAUCCGAUGGGAGAAGAACAUCACAUUAGGAGAACCUCCGGGGUUCCUCCACUCAUGGUGGUGUGUUUUCUGGGACCUGUACUGUGCGGCUCCUGAAAGAAGAGACACAUGUGAGCACUCCAGCGAGGCCAAGGCCUUCCAUGACUACAGUGCAGCAGCUCCAAGCCCAGUGCUCGGGAACCUGCCCACAGGGGAGGGAAUGCCAGUGGGUCCUGUCCCUCCAGGGUUCUUUCAGCCAUUCAUGUCGCCUCGAUACCCCGGAGGACCCAGACCGCCUCUGAGAUUACCCAAUCAAGGACUUGGAGGAGUUCCAGGUAGCCAGCCAAUGUUACCAAGUGGAAUGGAUCCCACAAGACAGCAAGGACAUCCAAACAUGGGAGGACCGAUGCAAAGGAUGACCCCUCCCAGAGGGAUGGUGCCGCUCGGGCCUCAGAACUAUGGAGGAGGGAUGAGGCCUCCGCUCAACGCCCUGGUUGGUCCUGGGAUGCCUGGCAUGAGCAUGGGACCCGGUGGGGGAAGACCUUGGCCAAAUCCUCCAAACUCCAACUCUACCCCCUACUCCUCGGCAUCGCCAGGAAGUUAUGUGGGGCCUCCGGGGGGCGGCGGGCCACCAGGAACCCCGAUAAUGCCAAGUCCAGCAGAUUCCACCAACUCCGGCGACAACAUGUACACGAUGAUAAACACAGUCCCUCCCGGCGGAAGCCGACCAAACUUCCCGAUGGGUGGAGGAAGCGACGGUCCUUUAGGAGGAAUGGCUGGAAUGGAGCCUCAUCACAUGAACGGAUCUUUAGGGUCGGGUGAUAUGGACAGUCUCCCCAAGAACUCUCCUGGUAACUUGAGUAUGAGUAACCAACCUGGGACCCCGAGGGAGGACGGAGAGAUGGGAGGAAAUUUCCUUAACCCUUUUCAGAAUGAAAGUUAUUCUCCGAACAUGACGAUGAGUGUGUGAAGGCUCUGGGAGCCGGUUCGGCCAGACGCUCAUGAGCCCGGUGUGGAUCGGUGAAAAGCGGAGAGACAGGAUGUGACGUCAUCUUGGCCAGAGACUCUUCUUCCACCGCCCACCCACUCGGGACAAUUGCCCCAGGCGCCUUCCCCUCCACCCCCCUCCCCGCCACACCACCCCCACUCUCCACAUCCGUCUCUCUCUCUCUCUCUCUCUCUCUCUCUCUCUCUCUCUCUCUCUCUCUCUCUCUCUUUCUCUCUCUCUCUCUCUCUCUCUCUCUCUCUCUCUCUCUCUCUCUCUCUCCAUUCAUCGGUUCUUCCUCUGCACCGUACAAAAGGAUCCCAAAUUGAAGGAAGCCAGAGAAGAACUUGUUGUAUAUUCACAUCUGGUGUGUAUGGGACUG